CCCAAGUAAUGAUGAUCCCUUCCCAGAUCUCCUACUCAGCCUCCCAAGGAGCCUACUAUAUCCCUGGACAGGGGCGUUCCACAUAUGUUGUCCCAACACAGCAGUACCCUGUGCAGCCAGGAGCCCCAGGCUUCUAUCCAGGUGCAAGCCCUACCGAGUUUGGAACCUAUGCUGCAGCUUAUUACCCAGUCCAAGGUGUGCAGCAGUUUCCUGCUGGUGUGGCUCCGGCCCCAGUUUUGAUGAACCAGUCACCCCAGAUUGCUUCUAAGAGGGAACGGAAAACUAUCCGAAUUCGAGACCCAAACCAAGGAGGGAAGGAUAUUACAGAAGAGGUCGUGUCUGGCCGCACUGUCUCCACACCCACUCCUCCUCAGACAGGAAGCAGUCUAGAGCCUCAACCCAAUGGGGAGUCGCCUCAGGUUGCUUUCAUUAUCCUGCCAGAUGACAGGUCACAGGGAGCAGCCAUUGCGGGGCGGCCAGGACUGCCUGGUCCAGAGCAUAGCCCUGGCACAGAAUCUCAGCCUUCGUCGCCUUCUCCAACCCCAUCACCACCCCCAAUUUUGGAGCCGGGGUCUGAGUCUAAUCUUGGAGUCCUCUCUAUUCCUGGGGACACUAUGACAACGGGGAUGAUACCANUGUCUGUAGAAGAAUCGACCCCUAUCUCUUGUGAAACUGGGGAGCCGUAUUGCCUCUCUCCAGAACCCACUCUUGCCGAACCCAUACUGGAAGUAGAANUGACACUCAGCAAACCCAUUCCAGAAUCUGAGUUCUCUUCCAGUCCUCUCCAGGUUUCCAUGUCCCUGGUGCCUCACAGGGUUGAAACUCAUGAGCCCAAUGGCGUGAUCCCAUCUGAGGAUCCUCCCCCUCUUCCAGCUUGUGCUUCUGAAUUGCUUGUGCCCAUUGCUCCAACUGCCCAACCUGANGAACUGCUCAAUGGAGCCCCCUCGCCACCAGCUGUGGAUUUAAGCCCAGUCAGUGANCCAGAGGAACAGGCCAAGGAGGUUUCAUCAGCGGCACUGGCCAGCAUUCUCUCUCCCACUCCACCUGUGGCUCCUUCAGAUACUUCUCCUGCNCAGGAGGAAGAAAUGGAAGAAGAUGGCGAUGAAGAAGGUGGAGAAGCUGAGAGUGAGAAGGGAGGAGAGGACCUCCCCCUCGACAGUACUCCUGUCCCAGCCCAACUGUCUCAGAAUUUAGAGGUGGCAGCAGCUACUCAGGUGGCAGUGUCUGUGCCAAAGAGGAGACGGAAAAUUAAAGAGCUAAAUAAGAAGGAGGCUGUAGGUGACCUUCUAGAUGCCUCCAAGGAGGUGGACCCAGCAGUUCCAGAGGUAGAGAAUCAGCCUCCCACUAGCGGCAACCCAAGCCCAGAGUCUGAGGGCAGCAUUGUGCCCACACAGCCUGAGGAAGCAGAAGAAACCCGGGACUCUAAGGAAGACAAAUUUCACAAUGCUGGAUGCAACAUCCAGCCUGGGGAGCAGAAGUGUGCAUACAAUUCAGAUCAGUGGAAGCCUCUAAAACUUGAAGAGAAGAAGCGUUAUGACAGGGAAUUCCUGCUGGGCUUUCAGUUUAUCNUUGCCAGCAUGCAGAAGCCAGAAGGAUUGCCCCAUAUCACUGAUGUGGUACUGGACAAGGCCAAUAAAACGCCACUUCGGCAACUGGAUCCCUCCAGACUACCUGGCAUAAACUGUGGCCCAGAUUUCACUCCAUCUUUUGCCAACCUUGGCCGACCAGCCCUCAGCAACCGUGGGCUCCCCAGGGGUGGGCCAGGUGGGGAGCUGCCCCGAGGGCCGGCUGACCUGGGACCCAGGCACUCUCAGCAGGGCCCACGAAAGGAAACUCGCAAGAUCAUUUCCUCAGUGAUAAUGACUGAAGACAUAAAACUAAACAAAGCGGAGAAGGCUUGGAAACCCAGUAGCAAACGGACAGCAGCUGAUAAGGAUGGAGGGGAAGAGAAUGCUGACCAGGACCUAUUCUGCAGGGUACGCUCUAUCCUGAAUAAGCUGACACCCCAGAUGUUUCAGCAGCUGAUGAAGCAAGUGACACAGCUGGCCAUUGACACGGAGGAACGCCUCAAAGGAGUUAUUGACCUCAUCUUCAAGAAAGCCAUUUCAGAGCCCAACUUCUCUGUGGCUUACGCCAACAUGUGCCGCUGCCUCAUGGCGCUGAAAGUGCCCGCUACAGAAAAGCCAACAGUGACUGUGAAUUUUCGAAAACUGUUGUUAAAUCGGUGCCAGAAGGAAUUUGAGAAAGACAAAGAUGAUGAUGAAGUUUUUGAAAAAAGGCAAAAAGAGAUGGAUGAAGCUGCUACGGCAGAAGAACGGGGACGCCUGAAAGAAGAGCUAGAAGAAUCCCAGGACAUAUCUAGGCAGCGCUCUUUAGGAAAUAUCAAGUUUAUUGGAGAGUUAUUCAAGUNGAAGAUGUUAACAGAAGCGAUAAUGCAUGACUGUGUGGUCAAGCUACUUAAGAACCAUGAUGAGGAGUCCCUGGAAUGCCUCUGCCGCCUCCUCACCACUAUAGGCAAAGACCUGGACUUUGCAAAAGCCAAGCCUCGAAUGGAUCAGUAUUUCAACCAAAUGGAAAAAAUCAUUAAAGAAAAGAAGACCUUAUCUUGCAUCCGUUUUAUGGUGCAGGAUGUACUCGAUCUGCGGCAGAGUAAUUGGGUGCCACGCCGCGGGGAUCAGGGUCCUAAGACUGAUCAAAUUCACAAGGAGGCUGAGAUGGAAGAGCACUGAGAACAUAUCAAAGUGCAGCAGCUCAUGGCCAAGGGCAGUGACAAACGUCGGGGUGGCCUUCCAGGCCCGCCUAUAAACCGUAGCCUUCCACUUGUGGAUGAUGGUGGCUGGAAUACAGUCCCCAUUAGCAAAAGCAGUCGCCCCAUUGACACCUCAUGGCUCACCAAGAUCACAAAGCCUGGUUCCAUUGAUUCUAACAACCAGCUUUUUGCACCUGGAGGACGACUGAGUUGGAGCAAGGGCAGCAGUGGGGGCUCAGGAGCCAAGCCCUCAGACACAGCAUCGGAAGCUAUUCAUCCAGCUACCUUGAAUCGCUUUUCUGCUCUUCAACAAACAUUACCCGCAGAGAACGCAGGUAACAGACGUGUUAUACAGAGGAGUAGCUUAAGCCAGGAAUGAGGUGAGAAAGCUGGGGACCGAGGAGACCGACUAGAGCGGAGUAAGCUGGGAGGUGACUGUGGAGACCGACUUGAUCGUGCCAGAACACCUGCCACCGAGCGAAGUUUUAGCAAAGAANUGGAGGAGCGAAGUAGAGAGCGGCCAUCCCAGCCUGAGGGACUCCGCAAGGCAGCUAGUCUCACAGAGGAUCGUGGUCGGGAUCCUGUGAAGCGGGAAGCCACUCUACCUCCAGUGAGUCCUCCAAAGGCUGCGCUGUCUGUGGAUGAGGUGGAGAAGAAAUCUAAGGCCAUCAUUGAGGAACAUCUCCAUCUCAAUGACAUGAAGGAGGCAGUACAUUGUGUCCAGGAGCUGGCUUCACCCUCCUUGCUCUUCAUCUUCGUACGGCUUGGCAUCGAGUCCAUGCUGGAGCGCAGUAGUACCAUUGCUCGUGAGCAUAUGGGGCGACUGCUGCACCAACUGCUCUGUGCGGGGCACCUCUCUACUGCCCAGUACUAUCAAGGGCUGUAUGAAACACUAGAAUUGGCUGAGGACAUGGAAAUUGAUAUCCCUCAUGUAUGGCUUUACCUGGCAGAACUGAUAACACCUAUUCUCCAGGAAGAUGGGGUACCCAUGGGAGAGCUCUUCAGGGAAAUUACGAAGCCUCUGAGACCCAUGGACAAAGCUACUUCUUUGUUGCUGGAGAUCCUGGGUCUCUUAUGCAAGAGCAUGGGUCCCAAAAAGGUGGUGAUGCUGUGGCGAGAGGCUGGACUGAGCUGGAGCGAAUUUCUAGCAGAGGGCCAAGACAUUGGCUCAUUUGUGGUUGAGAAGGCGGAAUAUACCUUGGGAGAAGAAUCUGAAGCUCCUGGCCAGAGGGCACUUGCCUUUGAGGAGCUUCGUAGGCAGCUAGAAAAGCUGCUGAAGGACGGCGGCAGUAAUCACAUGUUUAACUGGGUAGACGCCAACCUGAAUGAGCAGCAGACAGCAUCCAAUACAUUAGUUCGAGCCCUCAUGACAACUGUCUGUUAUUCUGCAAUUAUCGUUGAGACUCCUCUCUGAGUAGAUGUUCAAGUGUUGAAAGUGCGAGCAAGACUGCUGCAGAAAUACCAGUGUGAUGAGCAGGAGCUACAAGUACUCCAUGCUCUCCAGGCCCUUGUAGUGACCUUAGAACAGCCUGCCAACCUGCUUCGGGUGUUCUUUGAUGCUCUAUAUGAUGAGGGCGUGGUGAAGGAAGAUGCCUUCUACAGCUGGGAGAGCAGCAAGGACCCUGCUGAAGAGCAGGACAAGGGUGUGGCCCUUAAAUCUGUCACAGCAUUCUUCAGUUGGCUUCCUGAGGCUGAGGACGAGAAGUCUGAUCACAACUGA